AUGUCAGACCUCUCCCAGGCAGCUCCGCCCCUACUGGGCUCCAGUCUGCUUGCAUCAGCCAAAGCGCACGAGAAAGCCAGACCCUUACCAGCGAGUUCAGGCUCAGCUACAGUUGAUCAGAAUGCUCUUGAUGGAGGCUUUAGAUAUGGAGAAAUCACUUCCAUUGCUGGAGCAAGCGGGACCGGAAAGACUUUGCUGGCAUACCAUGCCAUAGCAAGUCAUCUUCUUACACACGAGGUCGGCGAGGUAGCUUUCAUUGACACCACUGGGUCCUUUUCUCCAUUACGACUGCGAAAUGCCCUUGCUUACCGUCUAGAGGCCAAGAUCCAGCGCAACAGCUACCAAGAGUCUGGAUACAUGUACGAGAAAAGGACGUCGGCCUUGGAGAAUUCGAAGGAGACAAUGAUUGAGGAAGCGACCUCGAUGCUCGAUCGGGUGAAAGUCAUGAGAGUCUUCGAUUUGGCUGGCGUUGUAGAAGCCAUAAGCGAGGUCAAUGGGCUGACUGAGGAGAUAGCGCCGAAGUUUGAGACGGCCGCGGUCGUAAUAUUCAAGAAGAGGAGGGUUGAGAUUGGUGACAGCGAAGAAGAGCUCGACGACGAAGACGAAGAACUGCAGGCCGAACCAUGGCGAGAAAGUGUAAAUCUCCAUGACUCUCAAGGCAUUGAACCUCACAGCGGUCCGAUCGGUAUGAUCAUUAUCGAUACCAUCACAAAUGUUGUGAGCACAAUGAUGGCCAAGAGCCAGACACAGGGUCAAGCUCUCCUCGCAAGCUUCUUGCGGUCUCUCCGUCACCUAACGUCCCGCCAUCACAUCUGCACUAUUCUUACCAAUGCCGCAGUCGGUAUUAGUUCUCCCAACAAUCCAGAGCUUCGGCAUGGCUCGAGAGAAAAUGUCUCGAUCUUCUCCUCAACCAUGGGGAAGCCUGCUCUUGGGAAGAUGUUCACGUUUCUGAUCGAUACAUCCAUCUUCUUAUCUACUGUGCCAAAGACUAGCGAUGACGCAACGAUUGCGUUCGGUGAUGGAGGGGAAGCUUCGUCGUACCAGAAGGCACUUAUACUGGAGGUUCUGAAAGACAGAUGUGGUACUCGAGAAGGGCGAUGGGCGGCUUUCGAGAUAAAUGCCGAGGUGAAAAUCGCGCCAAGUGGCUGA